GACGUCAUGAUAGUCGCAGUAUAUCAAUGCGCGCAAGAUGGUGACCCGCGGAGGCAAUUGGUUCAUACACGAGCUUCCGAAUCAGGAGAUUUGAUCUUAAGAUGCGGAAUUAACGGAAUGAUCGACAUUCUGGAAAUCAAAAUGAAUAACACUGAUUUAAAAGAACAGGAAAGAGAGAGGAUCAAGCAACAGUGUGCAAUGAAAGCCUUUCAAAAUAAUCAAGCACCUCAACAGCGUAUUGGGCAUAAACAAGCCGUGUUCUGCCCUGUGUCGAGACAGGGAAGAGAUGGAAAACUGAAAGUGAGGUAUCAGUGUCUACCAGCUUUACGAAAGGUCUUGAAUCCUGUAUUGGUAAACAAAACGAACACUACGGAUCUGUAACGAGAAGAUUUGCGAGACAAUUGAAAAGACAGAGCAAGCAUAAGAGACAUACACCGAAGAUUUUUAAGAAAAGUCUCUAAGCGCGGUGAGAAACGAGUCUAUCUUCAAAAUCAAACGUUUUUAAUGGAGAGAAAGGAGGCUUAGUAAAACUCUCGCACUUCCCAGUUUUCUACA